CGCUUAUUUAUGUCUCAUUAAUUAACCAGUAUCAUAGUUUUGGUUGUUAAGAUAUCAAAGUUGUUUGGUUAAUUAUGUUUCAUUGCACUACCAAAAGAUUGUGUUUGUAACAAACUGAAUUGAUUCACAAUGAAUAACCAAACAAAUUUGACCCGGUCUGAAUUAAAAUCACGAGAAAGGUCUUAAGGUUUCUUCUUCCAUGGUCGUCCAAACUCAAAUACAUGUACAAUCAGCAGAAGAUGAGGCCCAACAUUGUCACCGAGGUGAAAUCUGCUCAACUAUUCUCCUUGAUCUUCAUCAGAAAUUGUUGAUAUUUUUACUUCUUUGAUUAUUACCAAGAAACUGCUAGGAAACUGAUAGUUAAAAUCUACACGAGUGGUUGUUUGUUCGAUUGAAUUAACUAGGUUGCAGUUUGAUUCAGCACAGCUUUGUGGCAAAUCAUUUCUUGUAGUAGGAAGAUUCUCAUCAUGAUAUAUGGGUUAAUUUAUAGCAGUUUGUAAUUUGAUUCCUGAAGUUACGUUGUUUCUAUGUCUAGCUACAGUUUGUUCAAGUCAACAUAUAUAGACCGGAUACAACACUUUCUAUGAAGUAUGCUUCUUAACUUAUGGAUGGACACAUCUCAUUUGUCAUGGAGACGUGUCUUGUUCCUAACGUGAACAACUGGUAAAGCUUACUCUCAAGUAUUCAAUGUAUCUAUAAAUCUUUUACGCUAAAAAAAAAGAAACUUCAUCAUGUUUUUUCCACAUACGAUUUUCUUAGUUUAUUAUCAUGGUUUAACGUGAUGGCAUUGUAUUACCUCACAUGAGCUACCAAUAGUGACUCUUGCUUAGUUUAUGUUCCCUAAGCAAUAAUUAACUUCUUCUUGGGAACCAGCGAUGAUGAUUAAAAUGUUUUGCACUCCUGUUCUUCUUCAAAGUUUUAAAAGAUGAACUAGGAUGUUGUCUUGCAACAGCUCUUCAGUGUCUUCUCUCCUUUCUAUCUACACGACUUUGGAGGGUAAUAUCAUAUCUUCAAGUAUCUUGGAUUACAAAUUUUGUUUGAUUUCUAGGUAUUUUCAUUCUGUUCUAAUGGUUUCAUUCUUGUCCUACUCCUCUAGUUUCAACUGUGAGGAAUCUUCAUGGCAAAUCAAGGUGAUAAGUUCACUUGGGUGAUAAAGAGUCUCUCCUCCUGGCCAUCUCUUAUCUUUAACCCAUUUGUGAAUGGUGUCUGCAAACUAUACUCAGAUGCAUCAGAAAAAAUUGAAAAGGAAAGCAUGGAUGUCAGUGGCUUUCAAGUUCUGCCUUCACAGGUAGAAUCUGUGAGACUUAUCUUCAAAAGACAUCCAGACAUUGCGGUAGAGUUCCGUGCAAAGAACCAGCAUCUGAGGAAAGCAUGCAUGGGUUUCCUGCUCAGCUUAAUUGAGACUUUAUGCCAAUCACUCGAGGAGCUCUCCAAUGAAGAUCUUGUGGAGGCAGACGUGGCACUGACAUACCUGAAAGACGCUGGUUUUAAGGUGGAUUGGUUGGAGAAAAAGCUGGACAUAGUUAAAGACAAGAAGGAGAAAGAGCAGUCCAGUUUGGCUCGGCUACAAGAAAUGGAGGAUAGUUUACUGAAACUGAAGCAACAAUGUUCAGACAUGGAUGCCCUAGUGGAGAAGGAAGAGGAAGAGUUGUCGGACACAAGAACUCCUAUGUCAUUCGAUGAUGUUGUUUGAUGACUUGUGUUCUGUUGUCUUAUUUUCUUCCUUGGUUUCAAAACAGGAUGUUCUCUAGUUAGGUAAUUAAACUUGGUGUCAUUUUGUGAAAAUGUCCUUUGCCGUUAUGGUCUAUUACUAAAUUUGUUGCAUCUCUGUGUUUCUUGACAAGGAAGUAACUCAAUUUGUGCUUGAAACACUAAUCUUGGUUUGAAAUGAAAAUCUCUAUAUGUGGAUGAUAGAUUGUCAGUCA